AUGCAGUUCCUUGCCAAGCGAAAAUCGGCAACUAAUUUGGAUCGGGAAGCAGCUUUCGUUCGGGCAAUCAGCACCGCUUCCAUGAUUUACACGUAUGCGCGAAACUGCUCGCGUGGAACAACCUUCGAGCGGUGUGGUUGUCGCGCUUCCGAUGGUAGAAGUCACUGUAGUGUUGAGGAACAACUGGAAUUGGAUCCUGGGGACAGCAGCUCGCGACUGGAUGCGAAGGGGUAUGGAAAUGCACACAAUAGACGGGCUGGCUGGGUAGCCGUCCAGAAUGCUGUUAGGAAGCAUUGCCGUUGUCACGGGAUCUCUGGAUCGUGUGCUAUGAGAACUUGUUGGAGUACAAUGCGGACGUUUGCGGAGAUUGCAGCCGGAGUGAAACAAAUGUACGUCGAAGGUGUGAGACUUUUUGUGGACAACUCGGGGAAGCUGAACAGCGGGAAGAUACGACCCGAUCAGCUGGUUUACAUUCACCCAUCGCCGGAUUACUGCCAGCGGGAUGUGAUUCCAGGAUGGCUCGGCACGUACAAUCGACAGUGUUCUAUGGCCAGAGGAGCAAACGUUAGAGCGGGCGAGCGGAAAUCUUGUCGGAAUCUCUGCCGGCAGUGUGGUUUGAAGGUGCGGAAGCAGACGAAAGUGGAGCAGCGAAAGUGUAACUGCAGAUUCAAUUGGUGCUGCCAGGUUAUAUGCGACAGUUGCGUUGAGCUGGUUGAAGAACAUCGGUGUCAAUAA